AUGUUGCGCUCGUGCGCGCGGCUGGCAACAGCGGCUGCCGCGAAACCCGCGGCUCGGGCCGCUGAAGUGCCCGACGUCCUCGUUACUUUCGGCAACCAGUCCGAAAAAAUCACUUUCGUCAGCCACCCAGGUGUCAUGGCCGUGUCCAAGCUCCUCGAAAUGGACUACCUGACUGAGCACCGGGCGAUUCUCACUCAGGAGAACGUGGACGCCAUGCGCGAGUAUGACGAAGAGCUCGCAAACAAGGCACAAAUCGCUGUGGACAACAACAUUCCGGUCAACUUCCAGAACCUGGAUUUCUUCGAUCGCCCGGAGUUCGUUGAGAUGCACAAGAAAGAGGAGGCCCUCCUGAAGAGGGCUCGCGAAGACGUCCUCGCUGCUCCCCGCGGCCAGUACGAAGUCCCCAGCUACGUAGCCAACUACUCGCCCAUUGAGAUUCCGCGCAAGUGGCGCACCGAUCUCGAGCUGACAGAGGAGAUGGUGAAGGUUGACCCGGCGCUGCGCGUCCAGGCCGAGCUGCGUGACCUCAUCACGGACUACCUCGUCAACGGCAAGAAGACCCCGGCAGCGCUGAGUGGUCAGAGCAAGAAGCAGAUUGCUUGA